CCCACAAAUGAUUGAGAUUUGAGAUCUAUUAUAACAUUGUCAAAGAACACCAUAAAUACAUCACAGACCUUUUCUUUUUCAUCUGUUUUCUUAGCUUCUAUUAAUUGCUUUUCUCUGUUAAUUUUUAUUAUAAAGUUUCGAUUUUUUUUGCUUUUUUCCUAUGUUGCUCGAACCCUUCAAAAAUGUUGCCGCAAGCGUAUCGGAUUCUUUAAAAAUUCAUUGCUUUUGGAGUAUCCGACACGCACCUGUUGAUCUUUUUUAAGAGUCCGACCAACAUAGCAUUUUUCUGUUAGUUUUUCUUAUAAAGUUUCGAUUUUUUUUUCGCUUUUGGGGUGGAGUGGUGUUUAGAUAUGGAUUAUGAAGGCAUAUUGAUGACAUUUUACCCUUUGUUUUUGGGUCAAGUUGUGUCUUUUCUUAGGGCCCUCAUGAGCUUCACUUCUUCUCUAGUGGCAAAUCUUGGUGCAAAUACUCCGCUUUCGCUGUCAUUCUUCUCGUACACAGCUUUAGCUUUAGUGUAUGGAGGAAUCAUGAUUUACCGGAGGCAGAAAUUACAGGUUCCUUGGUAUUGGUAUUCGCUUUUAGGCUUAGCUGAUGUCCAGGGAAAUUUUCUCGUAAACAAAGCAUAUCAGUACUCAUCGAUCACCAGUGUGAGUAUACUGGAUUGCUGGACUAUAGCAUGGGUGAUAAUUUUGACGUGGCUAUUUUUGGGUACGCGAUAUUCUCCGUGGCAAUUCUUUGGUGCAGCAGUCUGUUUAGGUGGUCUUGGACUUGUGCUUCUAUCAGAUGCUAACGCGAGCGAUAAAAGUGGUGGUUCCAAACCUUUUCUUGGUGACAUAUUUGUCAUCAUCGGGACAUUUUUCUUCUCAAUAAGUAAUGUUGGUGAGGAGUUCUGUGUGAAAAAGAAAGACAGCGUUGAAGUAGUUUCCAUGAUUGGUCUUUUCGGCGUGCUUGUUACCAUGAUUGAGAUACCAAUCUUGGAAAGGAAGAGUUUGGAAUCAGUCGACUGGUCUGCCGAGCUUAUACUAGCUUUCUGUAUCUACGCAGCGGCAAGCUUUAUGUUCUACACCUUUGUUCCCUUUCUUCUCAAGAUGAGCGGAUCAACCUUGUUCAAUCUAUCUCUUCUCACAUCCGAUGUGUGGGCUGUCGUGAUCAGAACCUUUUUCUACAAACAGAAGGUUGAAUGGCUGUACUUUGUAGCGUUUGCACUUGUGGUUACUGGGCUGAUCAUAUACUCGAAAAUUGAGAAGGAUCAUGUUAUUGAAGAAGCAAAUGGAGAUAAUCAAAGAUACCAACUUCUUAAUGAAGAUGUAGUUGUAUAAAUCAAUAUUAUGUGGUAUAAAUACUUUCUCCGUUCAUUUUUACUUAUCACGUUUCGCUUCAUAAGCGUCGAUCUGAACAGAUACUGUAAGUUGCGAUCCUUCUUGUAUUAGUACGAUGAAAAAAUGUAGUUCAAAGUCGUUGCAGUUUGAUUCUUGAGAAGCGAGACAUGCCAAGUAAAAGUAAAUCCAUCUAAUUCUAUAAUAUGAUGGUUGGUUGUUCGUGGCGUA